GGUACUUGCCAAGUAUUAUGACCAGUAAAUGUAUUCAUUUGCUCUUUAUUUUACGAAUAAAUUAAAAACAUCUGUUAAACAUUCUCAAACGAAUUAGCAUUCAAAACAAAAACCGCGCAAUUCAUUUACUUUUUACACCCAUUCAUCACUCCAUUUCUUUUAUCCGCAAUUUCAUACUUUUUAACACUCCAGAGAUUCAGCUGGAAGCCAGGUCCUUCAUUAUGUUUGUAAAUCUGCUGAAGUCAUUUAUCUUUAUUAUAAGUGUCGCGUCUGAGUCGUUAAUCUUUGUAUCAUCGAGGGUACACUGAUCGACGCAAGUGGAAGGAAAUUUAGGUAAAGUGGCUCUUAUGUCGUUGGAUUAAGUAGCUGUACAGUACUGAUUAAUUUUGUGAUAAAGUGAUAAGGUGAUAACUCUUGAGACUUGACACUAGAUUAUAGCUUGACCGUAAAACUAUGUAAAACCAUCAAAGUAUAGUCCGGUACAACAACUGUGGUCCACACAAAUACCUACGUAACUAAUUAGUAUUAUAUUGUAGAGUACUUUUUGCAUUUGUCAGAGGUUUUUCUUCUAUUUCCAUAAACACACACGGCUCUCACACUAUAAUUUGCUCGCUUUGUGUAAGCUUCGUAUUAUAUUAUUCGUAUUAGUUAGUCAAGAACGAUUGGACCGGUGUUUCGAAUGGUCACAAGUUUGAGUCUUAACCCCCUUAAAAGCAAAAAGUGACAGGCCGUGUAGCCAACGUGCCAAUUGCUAAUGCUCCGUAGCGAUCGAAACGCAACUGUCACUGUCGCACUAAUAUGGAAGAGUGAUAGAGAGACACAAAGCGUUUCGUUGUCGAAGCGAUAGCGAUUGUCACCUUUGCUAGGCCGACUGUUUCGAACAACUGACAGGCUGAUAUCGUCCGGCGAACUGGUAAUCAGUGGGCCCCCUUACUUGCUCGAGCAGUGAUUUUUUUCACUUUCCUUUUAAUUUUGAAAUACUUUGCUAAUUCAAUCGGAUUAAAUCUCCCUUUCUUGGAGUUAAAAACAAAAACAUAUACCUUACGUAACGUAUGUACCUCGUCUUGGAAAGUCGGUAGGAACACGUAGCUGCCAGGGGACCGUUAAAGACCCGCAUGCCAAGAACGUGUAAUGUGACUCCGGGGACGCGCUCGCUUACAAAUCGAUUCUUUAUCGUUACCCAAGAGUCAGGAUUAAGAUUGUGCUGUGGAUUGUGGGAAGACGAGGUAUCUUCUAUAUAAGUAGUCUGUGAUAAGUUUUGCGAAACGUUACUGCUGCAGAAGUGACGACGCAGCGCCACUGGCAGUUUUCUUCAUAAAGGUACCAAUCGGAUUCAAACUACACCAGAAAUGUCAAAAAUCCGGGCAGCAAAACCAGUUUUGACAUAUUAUUUAUCUUUUAUCAAUCGUUUUUUUUCAGACAUCGCCGAUAAAGCAACAUGCGAUUAAACAUCCCACCAUGACAAACAUAUCGAUCGUGUCAGCGUGACAAACGACGCCAUUUAUCGCGCGAUUCAAUGACAAACAGAUUAUUUGGUACGGAGACGUGGAAAAAAAAAUUAUAUGCGCCCUUCUGACAUGUUCGGAGAGAACAGCCUAACUUAAUAUGUCGUUUUUGGGAAAUAUGGACUUUAAAGUAAAUGGCACUUACGACAUUACCCAUUGGUAAAAAAAUUGAUAAGCGGCAAUUUUUGUACGUUACGUUAGUUUAGUACCUACCGAAUAGGGAAUAUACGUCAAAACGCAAAUAGAACAUAAAAUGUAACCAGACAAUACACUUCCAUAAGGACCAAAGGCACAUAAGUUUUUUAGCUAUAACACUGAUCUUUCAACCGAAAUUCAUCUCAUAAGUCAUAAGCGCCAAGUGCAUUAAAGUCGUUUUUUCUUUGGAAUGUUUUGAGUGAGUGUUUUGGCGCUUACGACGUUUUAAACAGCGGGAAGUCUUUAUUGAUGACAGUAAUGUAUGAGAGAAGUUGGGGGCUUGUAAUUUGGCAGCUUUGGACGUAUUUUCACUUAACUUUUGUUUACCUUUUCCGCGGUUUUUGUAGUAAUGUGUUUUUGUCCGAAUCCGGAAAUUUGGAGGGUUGUGUGUUGUUGUGUAGGUCGUUUGAGGUUAUUGCCUCUUAGCUUGAUUAAGGUGAGAUAUGCCCAGGACCAAUGGCCAUUUAAGUACAUUUGAUUUUAUAUCGCUGUCAUGAUCGUAGUAUCAGUAAUUGACGUACGGUACUACUCGUAGUGUUUACUUACCUAAGAUUCUAAAGAUUUUUUUUUAUAAGUACAUAUUUUUUAAUGUUUGACGAUCCUUUUGUGAAACUCUUAGUGUUAAAUUUGAUCUGUAUAAUAAUCCAAUGUUAUUAUGGAAUAAUAUUAUUAUCAAAAAAUUGCUCUAAAAAUUUCAUUAAUAAUUAGAUUAAGAUUAAUUACGAUUCAUAAGAGCUUGUUGCUAGGCCUAUAUGAAUAAAGUAUAUUUUGAAUUUGAAUUUGAAAAUAGAAUUUUAAAGAAUUUAGCAUACCUACAGUAGAAAUGUAUUUAAGCUACAAAUGUGUAAAUAUAAAUAAUAAUAUCGACUACAAUUUUAUUACUAUACAGUAGUUUGUAAUUGCCAUAAUGUAAAAUUAAAACCAUUGUUGCUUGGUUUAAAAAUGACUUUGUUAGGCAUACUCUUAUCUAAGAGGAAAACUUUGAUUUAUUUAUGCAUAGCAACCAACCAAUGGUGGACCGCGCUAUACACGUUUCAUAUUUUGGUUAAAGGAGGUAUACAGUGUGGAAAGAUAAGUCAGGCCCUGGAGGGAAACUACCUUAAAUCCUUAAGCUGGCUCAUUUUACUUAAAGGAGACAUUCCUUUAUUUUUAAAAAGAAACAAAACUGCAUUGUUGUUCUUAACUUUGACUCAUUACAUCCAAAUGCCAACAGGACAAACCACAUUAAAAUUACUCAAUACCUUUACGAAUUAAUCAUGAAAUUUUCCCGUAAUACUAUUCUUGGAUCAGUCGGGUUAAAUGCAUUAAAAUGGAAGGUCGUCUGUUGUUGGUGGUGGUUUUCCUGCAGGGAGUUCUGUGUCAACGUGUGUGUGAAUGGAAAACAUGCCGCGAGUGUAUAAGGGAUCCUAAUUUGUGUAUGUGGUGCGCUGCUCAGAAUUUCAACGGAACGGGCCAAUGCAAGCCAGUGACUCAAAUGGAUGAUAAUUGGUGUUCACCAGAACACUUACAAAAUCCUCUAAGCAACAUAACAAUCGGUGAUUCAAAAGAUUUCAGCUCCGAAGUCGGUCAUAUGGUUCAACUCAAACCUCAGAGUUACAAUUUAAAGCUUAGAGUGGGACAGGAACAGACCUUCUCGUUCUCAUACAAAGCGUCUGUAAAUUUCCCAGUAGACCUGUACUUUCUCUUUGAUGCUUCUAAUUCUAUGACAAGAAUGAAGGAUGACUUGGUCAAUCAGACGUAUAACAUUUUCGAAAGUAUAAGCAAUAAGACUAAAGAUGUUUAUAUGGGGUUAGGUACAUUUAUUGAUAAAAACUUGAUACCUUUUAAUAACAAAAUCUCAGCCAACCAAACAUAUUCUUUCAAGCACGAGCUAAAAUUAACGAAUAACAUAACAUUAUUUAAUAAUAAACUUAGCCAUUUAAAAUUCGGAGCUAACGCCGAUGACCCAGAGAGUGGACUAGAAGGCAUAGCACAGGCUGUCGCAUGCAAACAUAUAACUGGAUGGCGAAAGCAAUCUAGAAAGAUCCUAGUAUUGAUGACAGACCAAGCCUAUCACGCAGCAGGUGAUGGUAAAGCAGCAGGUAUUAUAAGACCUUAUGAUGGGGGAUGUUAUUUGGAUAAAAAUGGAUACUACACUAAAGAAAAAGAGAUGGAUUAUCCUUCAGUAAGAAUCAUUAAUUAUAUGGUGACGAAGGAAGAGAUAAAGAUAUUGUUUGUGUCGGGUUUUUCGGAUCAGACUGUGUAUAAUAUAUUGGCGACAGCCAUAACCGAGUCGGAGGCGAUGAGCUACCAACCUAAAGCUAUUACUAGUAUGUUGGACGAGACUUAUGAGAAAAUAUCCCAACAAAUAAAGUUAAAACUGAAUUUGACAGAUGAAGACAGAAAACAUUUUGAAAUAACUUUCGAUCCAAACUGCGACUAUGACAAUUGCAAAGUGACACCCGGCCAAGAGAUGAACUUUACAGGAAAAAUUCUACUCCAGCAGUACUUUAACAAAGAUCAACUGUAUAUCAAGAUCAACCCCAUUGGUUUGAAUGAUGAAAUAGUUCUGAAUGUGACUGUGCUAUCGGAUUGCGGAUGUUCUCAAUAUGCAGAGAUAAAUUCAACAAGAUGUCAUAACAUUGGUAACUGGAGCUGUGGUGUUUGUGAAUGCCCUGAUGCCAAAUUCGGACCAGAUUGCGGCUGCACUGGUAAUUCCUCAACGUGCUCCCCUCCCGAUUCGGAUCAGAUCUGCAGCGGGCACGGCACUUGCAAUCCUUGCGGCAUUUGCAAAUGCGCGGAGGGGUACGAAGGCAAAUACUGUGAGUACCAGAACAACAACUGCCUCCGCAACAACGCUGGUAAUCUCUGCUCGGGCCAUGGCACAUGUCUUGAUGGCAAAUGUACGUGCAUUGGCGAAUGGACCGGACCUGCCUGCGAUUGUACAACUUCAAAGACAACUUGCAUUAGUGAUGGAAUGGAAUGCAACAACAGGGGCCACUGCGUCUGCGGUAUUUGCGCCUGCGACCCUCCAGCCAAAUGGGACGCUCGCACCUAUGACAGCUAUGACUUCUGCAAACAGACCCAAUGCGACGACUGCCAUAGCAAACAGUGCAGGCACCUCAUACCUUGCAUAAAUUGCUUGAACGAAGGCGGAUCAUGCCAACAUGUCUGUGGAGACACAUUAUUUGUGCAAGACACUGAAUUCGUUGAUAUGAAUGGUGUAAAUACUACGUGGCAGAAUUGUACUCAUAUUCAAGUUAAUUUUGGAUGCUAUUCAGACUUUAAAUAUGUUUAUAAUGAUAAUAAUACCAUGACACUUGUGGUAUUGGACACGAGUUGUGCGCAGAGUCAAAUGUAUAUUGGCGUGAUAUCUGUAAUAAUAUUGGUAGCUAUUGGCAUUGCAACACUGCUGGCUUGGAAACUGCUGACCAACGCCAGGGAUCGAAGAGAGUACGAAGCAUUUCUUAAGUCUUCACAGGAAGGUGAUAGUUUACGCAUCAACCCGACAUACACCGCACCGACCACAACUUACAUGAACCCUGCUUUCGAGAACAGCACAGAACAGCGGACAGAAUAAUCCCGAUACAAUCAGAAACAAGUUGGAAUGUACUUGUUGUAGUGCAUAAUUAUCUACCAUCGUAUUUUUACAGAAACGUACGAAAGUGUCUAAUUCAGUCUCGGUACAAAAAGCUACUGAGCUUGACUGAACUGGUAUGUUUAAUAUGAACGUUUCCGAGUAAGUACGAUCGAAAACAAUUAUGCACCAUAACUGCAUUGCAGUUUAUUAUUCUUUUUAUCGUUAAUCAGAAAAAGUAUAACUUAAA